CAGUUUGAAUCCUUGAAUGUUCUUACAAAUUAUUGUUUACACUACAGUUCCCAGAAUGCAACUCAAACAAAACAGGAAGUUGUGCUGGAGGCAUGCUUUUGGAAGAAGCGAAGUAUAACAGUACAGUAAACUAUGGUGAAACAUAAAACAGAUGACAAUUCUGAGUAUUUCAGAUAGAAUUUUCAUCCACAUAACUAGUUUGCACAUGUGUACACGUGGCAGCUAGUAGCUAAGCCAUAUAACGAAAAUAUUUCCAGUAACUUUACGUGGUUACCUUUGCGGUUUUAUUCAUGUAGCUAGCUAUCUGUUUGGCUAGUUAAAUGUACUCAUGAUAGUUAGCUAAAUAGAUACUAGUUACCUGUAUUUUAAAAUAGUUUCUAGUUGUUUAAUGUAGUUAAAUAGCUUGCUAACUGUGGGAAAUCAUGAGCAAGGUUGGAGAGGGUUGUGUUUGUGUGCUCUUAGUUGUCUGUUUAGUUUGAUUUGGUUAGCUGCUAAAACCACUUACUGUGCAGUAUUCUGUAAAAGCACAAAUGGAGCACAUCUUUUUAGUUUUACAGGAGGUAGACAGCGGCUUAUUGUUGGGAACAGCCCUAGGAUACGACAGUCAUGAGUUGGCGUCUAUCAUUUGUGCUGGUAUUUGUGAACACAGCUCUGGGAGUAGCCAAAAUGCUCAAAGCAGCUGUAUGGGUGACGAAAGAAGCCGUCCCCAGACCCUGCCAACACUCUCAAGUCCUUUUAUAUUGAUGGAUGAACACAAGCAUGAAGAAAAGCAAAAGGAAACGCUGUGUUUUGCUUUGAGCAUUCUGGAAAGAAUGAGCUCCAAGUUGCUGUCUCCAAACCCCACAGUGGAUUGCAGCGUUUAUUACAAGGAUAUUUUGAGGACAUCAUUGGAGGACAUGCAUCUCAUGUCAAAACUUGUCUCUCUUUUCAGCAUCCAGGACGCCUUAUUAUCACACUUAGCUGUGAAGUGUGUUUCAUCUGUUGUGCUUUUUCAGCUUCUGGAGUCUAACACAUUUAACAGCAUUUGGCAACAAAAGUGUUUCCAAACCUUUCAGAGGGGAUGCCCUUGCAAUGAAAUGGACAGUUGUUUGUGGUCUCUCACCACUGUAGUGAAAGGAGUGAUGAAAGGACUGUAUAAAUGUAAGAGAGAAAUACUGGAUAAACUGCUUGUGGCAUUUGACCCUGUACUGCCUGACUUGUACACAGGGCUGCUCUCAUGUGGGGGACCGGGCUCUGAUAUUGCUGCUUGUCAAAUUGACUCAUGUAAUUUAGAGACCAUACAUAUGGCCUUUGUUGAUUUGCUUGAAGUGCUCACUGCUGCGAGAGUCAGACUACACAUCUGCUCCAUGAGCCAGAGGCUUUUGUACCAGCGGGCGUCUGUGUUCCUUCACCUAGUUGACUCCCCGGCUCUCUAUGCUGUGAAAAAGAAAGUACUUCUGUUGUUGAAAAGAGUCCUCCUGGAGAAAGCUGGAGAUGAUCUCUGCAUUGGAGAAGUUCCACCCUCUGCACAGGUCGAUGGUCAAAUGACCCCUGACUUGUGGGCACUGGCUGACUCUGUUUUGAGGUCAGCAAGUACUGGCUGGGUUCAGCGUAUUUCUGUCAGUGGCAAGGCCAGCCUUUUUGGCGGUACCAGUGCGUCAGGUCCUGGAAGCCGUGAGGGACCGGAUUUUGUGAUGUUGAGGGCAGUUAGCCUGGUUUUACUCAAGUCCUUGGAAUACAAAGUCCAGCAAGUCAGUAAACAAGGUUCGCUGUGUCCUGUGGACAUCCAAAGCUAUUUAUGUCCUUUGAUGGUUUUCCUGAGUCAGCAUCUGCCACAAAGCCGCCAGCUCUGUCAUUCCUGUGCCUGGGUCUCACUGGUGUUUGGAGAUCAAGAUGAUGACAUGAUAGAAGCCGCAAUGACAUUAAUGCUGUUGUAUCUGUACCAGAAGAGGGUGAAUGCUACUUCAGAUGAAGAUGCCUGUAGCACUGGCUACAACCCUCACUGCCUCUUCAUUUACCUGCUGAAAAGUGUGGCAUUUGACCACUCUGUGCUCCUAGACUUCUUGAUCUCAACUGAAACUUGCUUCCUGGAGUACUUUGUGAAGUAUUUGAAGUUCCUGCGGGAAAACUGGGAAGGCUUCCGCAGAAGCUGUCUGUACACCCAGGGCUCUGACACACUCGAACAGAAGAGCGGGAGCUCAGGACAGGAAUCCACAAUGAGAUCAAAACUGCCUGCUAAUCACGCCAAUCCUCAGUUUAACCGGUCACCAGCGAGUGGGGCCACCAAAUCCAUGUUUUGUCCGUUGGUGGAUUACGGGAGCUCAGAUGAAUCUGAAGCUGAAGAGCCAAGCGUGUCAGAUGGCCCAUUAGGCAGACCACAAGAUGAGGGGCCCGAGCUUAACUGUGCUGCUGCAGGAGGACGGUCUUUGUGUUUACCAGAGCAUGCAGCGGAGAAAGCCGGAGAUGACCACCUGACUCCUGAUAGCAUGUGUGAAAAAACGGUCAUGUGCCUUCAGGAGCUAAGAAAAGUCAUAGUCAGGCUGCAGAAAAGAAAUCUCUUUCCCUACAAGCCAGCCUCGCUGCUGAGGCUGCUGAUGCAAAUCGAAACAAAGAGUGGCUUUGGAGAUGGAUCUCAGUGUUAAAGACGCACUAGCCGGUGCUUGUUUUCUGUGCGUCUGGAUGCGAUGUACAGCACCAUGUGUGUUCAUGUCACAGUGCCAGGAUCUGCUUGCCCAUUGGAACUGUAGAAAAGGGCUUUAAUCUGUGUCAUGUGCUGAGAUGCCUAGGGAUGGAGGAGGUGGUCAUGCAAUUCAGGUCUGUUAUGUGUAUACAGUCGUAAGAAAAUCUGAUACCGUAUCAAAUGUAACUUUUGGCCCACCGGGAAUUUCUCCCUUAGAUCAGGAGUGCUCUGCCCUGGCUCUAGAGGCUUCUCUUAUAGCCUCACACCUAACCACCUGAUUUCAUUGAUAAGUGCCUUAGUUGAUCCAAUUCAGUGUCCUGUCCUCCCAAUUUGUGAGUGUCUUAGAAACAGAAAGAGUCAGUCCACCAGGACUGGAACAGAGUCAGAGUAUCAGACUUGAGGUUAUCAAAUGGUAUACAACAUUUCCCCACUGACCUUGAAUUGCUUAUGGAUCUACAGUGUUUCAAUGCAGUCCAGGUCAAUUUAUUUAUGCAGUUAGUUUUCACAGAAAUAAAUCUGUUAUGCAUAAGGGUCUAAUGUUUGUCCCACAAACUUUCCAAUAAACCAUUUUUGUAAAAUGA